AUGGUGGCUGGAAUGCUGAUGCCCCUGCCCCAACUACGGGCCAUCUACGAGCUGCUGUUCCGGGACGGGGUAGUGGUGGCUGAAGACAACCACUGCCCUGGGUCCCGGCACCCCGAGGUGCGCGGAGUGUCCAACCUGCAGGUGAAGCGGGCCCUGGACUCUCUGAAGUCGCGGGGUCUGGUCCGGGAGACCUUUGUUUGGAGACAUCACUACUGGUACCUGACGGACCAGGGGGUGGGCUUCCUGCGUCAGUACCUCCACCUCCCCACCGACAUUGUGCCUGCCCCCCUCCAGCGCCAGCCCAGGGGCAGGGUCCGGAGCCGGGUGCCUGGUCCUAUCCCCUCACAACGGCCCCCAGCACCCUCCACCUUCGCGCAGCCAGACAGACAGGAGUAUCGCAAGGACAAGGAGAAGGGGCCCCAGCGGGAGCUGAGGCUCAACGGGACACCAGCAGGUUAG